AUGAAUCCCUGGAUUCUAUCCUCAUCCCUGCAUAAACUAGAGAAGUUGGAAUACACCUGUAAUUUCAGCACAAGAGGCCUGCUACACCGAGGCUUCAGUGUCGUCCUCUUCAACACAAAAAACCAGCUCUUGGUCCAGCAGAGAGCGGAUGCCAAGUACACGUUUCCCGGACAUUUUACAGACUCCUGUUCUAGUCACCCUUUAUACAUGCCGGACGAGCUGGAAGAGAAAGAUGCUCUGGGGGUGAGGAGGGCAGCCCUGAGACGUCUGCAGGCUGAGCUGGGCAUCCCCCAGGAGCAGAUUUCCAUAAAGGACAUAAUUUUUAUGAAUCGAAUAUACCACAAGAGUCCUUCUGAUGGCAUCUGGGGAGACCACGAGAUUGGCUAUCUUCUGUUGGUGAGGAAAGACCUCAUGCUGAACCCAGAUACCAGGGAAGUGAGAAGCUACCGCUACAUGAGCCAGGAGGACGUGCAGGAGCUAUUGGACAGGGGAGCCCGUGGAGAAGAGAAGAUCACCCCAUGGUUCAGAACCAUCCUAGAAGGCUUCCUGCUCUCUUGGUGGCCUUCUUUAGAGGAUGUGUCUCCAUUUAUUGAGCCUGACAAGAUACAUGGACUGUAAGGCGUAUGGAAAAGUAAUGCUCAAAGCAGGGAUUAGGGUUGAGAGAUGACUCAACAGUUAAGAACACUUCUGCUCUUGCAGAGAACAGGGGUUCCACUCCCAGCAUCGACAUGAUGACUCACAACUAUCUAUAACUUCAGUUCCAGAGGCUCUUACACACUCUUGUGACAUCUGCAGGUAGCUGGCAUACACAAUGUGGUAUAUACACAGACAAAAGCAAAUUAACUCAAACACAUAAAAUUUUAAAAUAUCCAAAAAAGUAGGGUUCAUCACUAACCUGUGGUUAGAAUGGCAUGCAUUACAGAAACUGAGUUCUAAUACCCUUUCAUUGCUUGUACUAACCUACAAUUCAAGCUCCUAGUUUUACCUAAUUGCUUCCUUUUUUGCUCUAUCUCUAGCUCUUAAACAUUUUCAACUGUCAUCUAUGGAAAAUGCCACUUUUCUCCUAAACCUCCCCUCUUGCAAGCUGCAAAAUAUAGAGAUUCAGCUUUGUAUUAAAGCUGAACUUUGA